AUGGCGACAGCUUGGAAUCCUGAGAACAUAACAGACGUCGCAGAAUCAGUCGGCAUAAACCAUCUCAAGCCGGAAGUUCGAAAUGCCCUUUCACGCGACGUGGAAUACCGGCUCGCGCAGGUGAUCGAGGAGGCUCUCAAGUUCAUGAAACAUGCCAAACGAACAAUACUCUGGUCGCAAGACAUAGCGCAAGCUCUUCGAGUACUCGACGUUGAACCCCUGUAUGGUUACGAUUCUACUCGGCCACUGAGAUAUGGAGAGGCGUCGAUUGGGCCUGGCCAGCCGCUAUUCUACGUGGAGGACGAGGAGGUGGAUUUUGAGAAGUUGAUCAAUGCUCCUUUACCCAAAGUUCCGAGGGAGAUAUCGCUUACUGGUCAUUGGCUUGCGCUGGAAGGUGUGCAACCAUCGAUACCUCAAAAUCCUACCUCACUUGACUCCCGAAACCUCGAGCUCCUGCAAAAAGGACCGAAUGCGAACCCGAAUCUAGCUGCGAUGAACAGUAUUGAGAACACUACUACCAAACCACAUGUCAAGCACAUCCUGUCGCAGGAACUACAACUAUACUUUGAGAAGGUUUGCAAAGCGGUAUUGGACGAACAGCAGGAUGAAUACCGUUCAGCCGGAUUGGCGAGUCUACAGAAUGAUCCUGGUCUGCAUCAGCUGGUCCCUUAUUUCGUGCAGUUCGUCGCAGAGAAAGUCACGCAUAAUCUGAAAGACCUAUUCGUGCUGACACAGAUGAUGCACGUGACCGAUGCGCUGGUCCGCAAUCCACAUCUGCAUAUUGAACCAUACGUGGCCUCUAUGGUCCCCUCCGUUCUUACCUGCCUCAUCGGACGCACUCUUGGGAGCGGCAUCGGCUCGUUAGACCACUUCGAUCUUAGGGACUUAGCUGCCUCGCUUCUUGCGCACCUUUGUCGAAAAUACUCAAAAUCUUCCAAGACCUUGAAACCAAGACUAGCAAGAUCGUGUCUGAAGAAUUUUCUGGAUCCGAAGAAACCUUUCGGCACUCAUUAUGGGGCCAUCCUUGGUCUGAGUGCUGCUGGAGGACCGGAUGCUGUCCGUGUUCUCAUAGUGCCAAAUCUGGAAGAGUAUGAAACCCUGAUCCGGGACGAGAUAGCAUCCAGUGGUACGCGACAGGCAGAGGCCGAGAAAGUCGUUGCUGCUAUCCUCAACGUGCUCGGAACUCUGGUGGAGGAUGGCAUGCCCAUGACGAAUGGCCACACAGACGAAGGAGUGGCAGAGAUCAGACGAAAGCUGAUUGAGAAUGUUGGUGACCUCAUUGGCAGUAGGAUUGCUGAUUCAGGUCAUAUUCAACUGGCCAAGGAAGUCUUGGAUUGUUUUAGGACCUAA